AUGAACACCUUAACUGUCCUUAUCACUCUUAUGAGCCUGUGGUCAUCUCCAGUCCUGGGCCAACUGACACCCUUGAAUCAAUUUUUCAAACCCCCCACGUUCCCCAACGAACAAACUGAGAAUGUCACCUGGUAUCUGAAUGAAGCGGCAGCUCUAGCCUUGGAAGGCUCCAUCCACCAAUACUUUCAAGAUCAAUGCAUUACUCAGCAACUUUAUCCACCUCUUUUUACCUUCCCUUCUGGGUACGUGCGACCAUUCUCACCAUUUGAAGGUCUAUUCUUUGUUGGCCACAGCGGUGUCUCCGCCUGGGCUUACAACACCACUGAGGGAAUCGUCCUCAUCGAUACUCUAGACAAUGAGGAUGAGAUUAAGGCAAUCCUAUUGCCCGGAUUGCAGUCCUUCGGAUUCAAUGCAAGUGACAUCAAGUAUGUGAUUAUCACCCACGAGCACGCCGAUCAUUAUGGGGGCGCAAAAUAUCUACAGGAUACGUUCAAGCCCGCCGUGUAUGCUUCCGAGGCGGCUUGGGAAAGCAUGGCUGCAAUGGGAACAAAUGCUACUCCGCCAGUCCCUACGAAAGAUAGGAUAUUAGCAGAUGGGGAUAAGUUGAGAGUGGGAGGAGUGGACUUCCAUAUCGUUCUCACGCCAGGACAUACCCCUGGCUGUUUAUCAUUGAUAUUUCCCGUCUCUGAUCAAGGCCAACAGCACAUGGCUGGGUUAUCGGGAGGCACGGGUACGCCCAAGGACGCAGCAUCUCGAGCGCAAAAGGUCCGAUCUCAGUAUAAAUUUGCAGAUAUUUGCCGAGGUGGAGGGGUUGACACGCUUCUUUCCAACCACCAAGUCGCCGACCAUGCUCUGUUCCAUGCUGAUAUCCUGGCACAUCGCGCCCAGCGUACCUCAAAUCCAUUUACUAUCGGUGUGGAUAAUUUUGAUAGAUACAUGAAGAUUAACGCCAUUUGUAGUAAACUUAUUGCGGCGCGCGAGGGACAGGAUCUACAGUUUUAG